AUGCAGACGAGGGGCCGGGUAACCGACGUCGACGUAGUUGCGUUCAAGAAAGAUGAUCGAUUGGCUCACUUGCUGGACGAGGAGCUGAACAGUUUCAAUUUCACCGCGAGCAGGAAGAGCCUCAUGCGGUCCUACCUCAGAUCGCCAAAACAUUUCCGCAGCAAGGAGGGUUUCAUGGACAACGAGUUCGCCAAGCACGCUGGCGCUCCAGACCUCAGCCACAAGCACGAUUUCCAAGCCACAAGCGCGAGCUCACUCAUCUACGGCAGAGCGUACGACCCCGUCAUCAAGCAGUGCCUGAAGCAGAGCAAGUCUGUCAAGGACACUUUCGGCCAUGGCCAGAUCGGGACCGACUUGCAGCAGGUCCAUGACGCGACCUCGGAGGACGCGAGCGCCGCCAAGUCCACCGACGAGGGGAAGGACGACAAGCAGGAGGAGGCCGCCGACAAGAAGGAUGCUGAGCAGGUUGACGAGUCUGAUGAUGGAAUGUACGUGGACGACGAAUACGACGAGGCGAAGGCCCGCUGGUGGCAGCACGCAAACCAGCUCGUAUCCACCUUCGUCCGCACAGCGGCUCCGGGCCCCAACGAGGCGGCCGUGAUUUCUGCUGUGAAAGAGACACCUGCUUGCAAAGCGGUCGACGCCGCUAACUCGGACAGGGUGGUCAUCAUCUACAACAGCAAGCAAGAGGGGCAGUGCAAAACGCAACCGCAUAUCAGGAUGCCAGUGCACCGCCAGCACUACAUGGCCCGCCGCGUCCAGAGCUUGCUGAAGAUCAUGACGGACGGUGACUGGGGGGCUGACCCCGACCUGAUCAGUAUCCACCCGAAGGCGAUCUAUUUAUUUCUGGACGCUUUUAAAAAUGACAACGUCGAGGGGUUCAACAAGUGUUUCAGCACGGGGGAUUCAAGGCUUCAGAGGGCCACGGCGAAGUACUUCCUGACGUACGAAGAGAGCAGCCUUAAGAAGCGGAAGUCUCGGGAGAACGAAGCAGCAUUCGCAGUGGUGGAGCUGAUGACGGCCAUUAGUUCGGAGCCAUUGGACCUCGUUCCAAAGGCGUGCUUAACGUUCCCCAACAGCUCCAACCUCAACAACCACGUCGGCCCGCUGGUGACGACGGACCCGCGCGACCCAGACGAGCGGACCCUCAGCGUGAUGGAGAAGCGGCAACUCCUCGGAGACGCGCUGGUAGAGGGAGGUGGCCGGGCUGCUGGAUGCACUCAGGCUAAGACGAAGGAUGUCGUGAUGAGGAAGCCCACCGACAUUGAGCGCGUGUCAUUUCACGCCAACUCUGUCGACUUCUACAAACAAAUCACUCAUUCCUUUUGUGCGAGUGGCGUGGUGGACUGCACUCCUCUGAGCGAGAAUUGCGCCAUGGCGUCGAUAAUGCCCAAGAAGCCCUGCACGUUGAUUUGCUACACAGAAGCUCACGCGCAGAUGAUCGAGAAGAGGCUGCGCCAGCGUGUAUUCGCUGCGCUGACGAAGGAGAGCUGCGAGGAGCUGCACGGGCCCAUGGCUGCGUCAGACCUCGCAGGCAACCCGGCGGAGACCGCUGCCGAAGGCGAAGGCGCCCCCGAGGAGAAGAAAUCUGCGGCCAAGAAGAAGGCCCAGAAGCGCGCCGCCCCCGAGGGCACAGCUGGCGAGAAGCCCCUCAAGAUGACCAAGGAUGAUGCUACAGGCGCGGAGGGAGGCGCCGCUGGCAAGCUGAGCGAGUUACUGAAAGCCCUCGACGCUGGCGGGGAGAAGCUAGGGGAGACCUCGGGCGCUGCCGGGGAUGAAGUCGGCGAGGCAGCGUAG